AUGGUCAGCGAGAGUGGAGUGCCGCGAAAGGUGCUGGUGAUCGGUGGGGGUGGCCGCGAACAUGCCAUCUGCUGGAAGAUGGCUCGCAGUGACCGGGUUGGGGAGGUGUACGCACUUCCCGGCAGUCCCGGUAUUGCGGCCAUCCCUAAGGUGCACCUCGUGUCCGAUGUCAGCGUGAAGGACUCCAAGGCCAUCGCAGCCUGGUGCGUGCGGAACGGGAUCGAUCUGGUGGCCGUUGGUCCGGAAGAUCCCCUGGCCGAAGGGCUUGGGGAUGUCCUGCGAGCGGCCGGUGUUAAGUGCUUUGGACCGGGUCAGGCCGGAGCGCAGAUUGAGGCCGACAAAAAUUGGUCCAAGGACUUCAUGCACCGGCACAACAUCCCGACUGCCCGAUACGCGAGCUUCACGGAUGCGGACGAGGCAAAGAAGUUCAUCCGGACCGCACCGUACGCGGCGCUCGUCGUAAAGGCGAGUGGUCUGGCCGCCGGGAAGGGCGUGAUUGUGGCGGAAACCCUCGACGAGGCGUGUGCCGCCGUUGACGACAUCCUUGGCGAGCGACGGUUCGGUGCAGCCGGUGACGUGGUCGUCGUGGAAGAGCGCCUCACCGGUGAGGAGGUAUCCGUCCUGGCAUUUGUGGACUCACGCACCGUCCGGGUGAUGUUGCCCGCGCAGGACCACAAGCGGCUGCAGGAUCACGAUCGAGGACCCAACACAGGCGGCAUGGGCGCGUACUGUCCCUGUCCGAUCAUCAAACCAGCCCAGCUUGAGCUGGUGGUUCGGGAGGUGCUUCAGCGGGCCGUCGAUGGACUGCGAGCGGAAGGCAUCCAGUACAACGGUGUUCUGUAUGCCGGCAUGAUGCUCACACCCAACGGUCCCAAAACGCUCGAGUUCAACUGCCGCUUUGGUGAUCCGGAAACGCAAGUAAUCCUGCCCCUGCUCGAGAGUGAUCUGUACGAAGUGAUGGAGGCAACCUGUGAGGAUCGAUUGCACGAGAUUAACCUCAAGUUUCGUGCCGGUCUCAACGCUGUCGGUGUCGUGAUGGCAAGCAAGGGCUAUCCGGAAACGUCCACCAAGGGGUGCAUCAUCAAAGGACUAGAUGCAGUUGCAGCAAAGCCCGAACAUCUUGUCUUUCACUCGGGUGUGGCACGAAACGAACGUGGCGAAUUCACCACCAACGGUGGCCGAGUUCUUAUCACCGUGGUGUUAAACAGUGACCUCAAACAGGCGGCUGCACACGCCACGGCCGCUUGCUCCUCGGCGAUCAGCUUCGAAGGAUCCCAGCACCGGCUGGACAUUGCACAAAAGGCGUUCAAACAUUUAAGCCUGUCGUACAAAUCAAGCGGGGUCGAUAUUGACGCCGGAGACGCCCUGGUUCAGCGGAUCAAGCCGCUUGCUCGCGGUACAAACCGAUCAGGAGUGGUCGGUGGACUUGGCGGUUUCGGUGGACUCUUCCGGCUGAACGAUGUGAUGUACACGGAUCGGAACGGACGAUCGGUUCGCUAUGCUGACCCGGUGCUGGUACAAGGUACGGACGGUGUCGGUACGAAGCUGAAGCUUGCCGAAGCUCUCAACUCCUGGGAAACGAUUGGCAUCGAUCUGGUGGCGAUGUGUGCGAACGACGUACUGUGUGCGGGUGCGGAACCUCUCGCUUUCCUGGAUUACAUCGCUUGCGGGCGGUUGGAGGUGCCAACGGCGGCUCUCAUCGUGAAGGGCAUCUCGGAGGGUUGCCGUGAAGUGAACUGCGCCCUGCUCGGGGGCGAAACCGCCGAAAUGCCCUCGAUGUAUGCCCGCGGCAAGUACGAUCUGGCCGGGUAUUGCGUGGGCGUUGUAGAACAUUCACAAAUCCUUCCCCGAGUGGACCAAAUUGCGGUGGGUGAUCUCGUGAUUGGACUUCCGUCGAGUGGCGUGCACAGUAAUGGGUUUAGCUUGGUGAACCGGAUCCUCGAGUAUACCGGUACGAAGCUGACUGAUCCGGCUCCCUUCAGUGAGGACGGACGGAGUACAUUCGGUGAGGAACUGCUCACACCUACGAGCCUGUAUGUGGCACCGCUUCUUCCGUUACUCCGAAGUGGGGACACAGUGAAAGCACUGGCCCAUAUUACGGGCGGUGGGCUGAUUGAGAACGUGCCCCGUGUAUUGCCGGACGGGUUGGGCGUCGAGGUGGAUUUCACCGGAGUAAGGAUACCGCCCAUUUUCCAGUGGCUUGCAAACGCGGGUAAUGUAACCGAUCGCGAGAUGUUGCGCACGUUCAACUGCGGCAUCGGAAUGGUGGUGAUCGUGUCGGCGAACGAUCGCACCUGGAAGGAUGCACUCGGCCCACAUGGCGGUGUUCUGCUGGGAAAGGUGACCCGCCGAGAGCGCGGUGCCGAGCAGGUGGUGGUGAAGAAUUUCACGCAGGCCAUCGGAAAGAAGGGCACAUCCUCGGAACCAGCCAUAUCGUACAAGGACAGCGGUGUUGACAUCAGUGCGGGUGAUGAGCUGGUCCAGCGGAUUAAACCACUUGCCAAGUCUACCAACCGGCCGGGUGUGAUGGGCGGAUUGGGAGGAUUCGGUGGAUUGUUCCGCUUGCGUGAUGCCGGAUUGAACCUCGAGGAUCCGAUCCUCGUGCUCGGAACGGACGGUGUCGGUACAAAAUUGAAGAUCGCUCAGGAUUGCAACCUGCACGGUACAGUCGGUGUCGAUUUGGUGGCAAUGUGUGUCAACGACAUCAUCUGUAAUGGGGCGGAUCCGGUCGCUUUCCUCGAUUACUACGCAUGCGGUCAGCUUGAUGUUCCAGUUGCGGCACGCGUGAUCGAGGGCAUCGCUGAAGGAUGUCGGCAGGGUGGCAGUGCUCUCGUUGGUGGAGAAACGGCCGAAAUGCCGGGCAUGUACGCGAAGGGCGUAUACGAUUUGGCCGGCUUUUCGCUUGGUGUUGUGGAGUACAACCGAAUGCUUCCGCGGAUGGACAGCAUCUGUCCGGGUGACGUUAUUCUCGGCCUGCCAUCGAGUGGCGUGCACAGCAAUGGGUUCAGCUUAGUGCACAAGAUUCUUGAAUUCUCCGGUCACUCUUACAACGACGUGGCGCCGUUUAGUGCGACGGGCAAGACAUUUGCGGAGGAACUGCUCGUACCUACGCGGAUCUACGUGCAUGAGCUGCAAUCGCUUAUGUCUGAGGGCCUGGUGAAAGCGUUGGCUCACAUCACCGGCGGUGGAUUUACGGAGAAUAUACCGCGCGUUCUACCCGCCGGUGUGGCGGCCUUCCUUGAUUUAACCGAACUCCACGUGCCGCCCAUCUUUGGGUGGUUGGCGCGGGCAGGCAAUGUGACGAUGGAAGAAAUGCUGCGCACGUACAACUGCGGUAUCGGCAUGGUGCUGGUAGUGGCCACGGAGAACAAACAGAUGGUGCUGGAACGCCUGCAAGCUGUUGGAGGAACGGCCCUUGGCACAGUGGUCAAGAAAUCGGACCCACUUGGACAACGCGUGAUAGUGCAAGGAUUCGAGGACACGUUGCGUCUCGCACAGCUUACCUGCGCCCUGCCAAAGAAACGGAUUGCGGUGUUGAUUUCCGGUUCGGGCAGCAACCUACAGGCGUUGAUUGAAGCCACACGCAGCACGGUGUUCGGGAUUCGAGGCGAGAUCGUUCUCGUCAUCUCGAAUAAGGCGGGUGUGUUUGGACUGGAGCGGGCUGCUCGGGCAGGCAUUCCAUCUAAGGUUAUCCUGCACAAGGAUUACGCCACACGGGAACUUUUUGACGCCGCCGUGUCACAACAGCUGAUCGAACAACGUAUCGAUCUCGUGUGCCUGGCCGGGUUCAUGCGUAUCCUGUCGGAGGGCUUUGUGAGACGCUGGAAGGGAGCACUGAUUAAUAUUCACCCUGCGCUUUUGCCCCGCCACAAGGGCAUCCACGCGCAACGACAGGCUCUCGAGGCGGGUGACGUGGAGUCGGGUUGUACGGUCCAUUUCGUCGACGAAGGCGUUGAUACCGGAGCAAUCAUCCUGCAGGAACGUGUACCGAUUUUGCGAGGUGACACUGAAGAUGCGCUCACGGAACGUAUUCACCGGGCGGAACAUUUGGCGUACCCAAAGGCUCUACGGUUGGUAGCGAACGGCAUCGCCAAGCUGGGGGAAGACGGAACCCUACAGUGCUACGAUUGCUAGCAAACUCGGUAUGCCGGACCACAUGGGAAAGGAAACUCGUACCGCAUUAAGGACAUUCGCGACACCAUUCGUUACGAUAGCAUUUGUUACAGCGUUUUAAUUUUACUAUUUGUUAAUGUUUAACCAAACAAGGAACCAAUAAAGCCUAAAAUACUUGACCUA